UUUUUUUUUCGUUGCCACCGGUUACAUAGACAUCUCUUUUCCUCUUGCAUCGUCAAACUACUACUACAACUACUAAUAUUUAUUUACUAAAAAUUUAGUUUCUUUCGGGUUUCCUCUUAAUAAACUCGUACACGUGGUUCUCAGAAAUUAAAAAAUGCCACAAAAUGAACACAUUGAACUUUUUCGGAAAAGGCAUGGAUAUCGUUUUGAUUAUCAUGAAAAGAAAAGGAAGAAGGAGGGACGUCGUCCUCAUGAGUUGGCACAAAAAGCUAAGAAACUGAGAGGUAUUAAGGCUAAAAUAUACAAUCGAGAACGAUUCACUGAAAAAAUUCAAAUGAAAAAGACUCUUCGUAUGCAUGAAGAAAAGAGCACCAAGAAGCGAGAUCCAGAAAAAGUGCCUGAAGGUGCUUUACCAACUUAUCUAUUGGAUCGAGAAGGUCAGUCUAGAGCCAAGAUUUUGUCUAACACUAUUAAACAAAAGCGAAAAGAAAAGGCUGGAAAAUGGGCUGUGCCAUUACCUAAAGUAAGAGGUGUUAGUGAAGAGGAGACCUUUAAAGUAAUUAAGACCGGUAAACGUCAAAAGAAAGCUUGGAAAAGAAUGGUCACCAAAGUAUGCUACGUUGGAGAGGGAUUUACUCGUAAGCCACCUAAGUUUGAAAGAUUUAUUCGUCCUAUGGGUCUACGAUUUAACAAGGCACAUGUAACACAUCCUGAAUUAAAAGCCACCUUCUAUCUGCCUAUCAUAGGUGUAAAAAAGAAUCCCAAUUCAGCUUUGUUUACUAAUCUUGGUGUUAUCACAAAGGGAUCAGUUAUUGAAGUUAAUAUUAGUGAACUUGGAUUGGUGACACAGGGUGGAAAAGUUAUUUGGGGUAAAUAUGCCCAAGUUACUAACAACCCAGAAAAUGAUGGUUGCAUAAAUGCUGUUUUACUGGUGUAAAGAAUAAAAUGAUGAAAUGUC